AUGAAGCCCCUCCCGUCCCUCGCGGCAGCAGCCGCGCUCCCCCUCGCCCUCGCAGCCCCCUACAACACCUUCGACGGCCCGGGCUUCCCGGCCUGCAACGACGUCGCGGCCGUCCACAACGCGACCUCCGUCGCCGAGAUCCAGUCCCUCGUCCAGGACGCCGUCGCCGCGGGCCAGAAGGUGCGCGCCUCGGGCAAGGGCCACAUGUGGUACGACACCAUGUGCUCCGACGACGCGAACACGGUGAUCAUCCGCACGGAGGAGGUCAACGGCAUCUCGGACUUUGAUCUGGAGGGCGGCACCGUGGUGAUCGAGGCGGGGGUCACGUUCCUGCAGCUGGCCGAGUACCUGCACGCGCGCGGCGCGUCGGCGGGGUACACGCUGGUGAACUGGAACAUCACGCUGGCGGGGUGCGUGGCGAUGGGCGCGCACCGGUCGAGCAUCCGCGAGGAUUCGAUGGUGGCGGCGGGCGUGUUGGAGCUGGAUAUCGUGGACGGGAACGGGGAGAUGAGGCAUGUGGUCAAGGACGAGGGGAGCGACGAGUGGCUUGCGGCGUCGACUAGUUUGGGGCUGUUGGGGGUUAUUGUGAGGAUGAAGUUUAGGAUUUAUCCUGACUUUAAGGUCUAUGCUGACCAGAAGACUCUCGAAGAGGAUGAGGUCCUUGAUGGUGACAUAUACGGCAUGAUUUCUCCCUACGCAACGGCAAACUUCUGGUGGUGGCCCUACAAGCGCAAGUUCCACUGGCGCUACUACGACGUCGUGCCCACCAACAUCUCGGAGCAGCAGGGCUUCCAAAACACCUUCUCCGUCACGGACCUCGAGGGCAACACGGCCAAGACGCUCCUCGACAGCGGGCGCUACCUGCCGACGUCCAACAUGCUCGCGGAGGAGAUCUUCUUCGGCCUGUGGUCCAAGCCCAACUUCCGCGAGAAGACGACCAACACGGCCAUCGACACGUGGCCCGUCUACGGGUGGAACUACGACGUGCUCAUCGGCGGGCUGUACCCGGACCAGCGCCCGCUGUGGGAGGUCGGCGUGCAGGGCUACACGAUGGAGCUGGCGUUCCCGAUCACGCAGGCGAACGCGAUGCUGCGGCGAGUGCGGCAGCUUUUUGAUGAUGAGCUGAAGAAGCUUGUCGUGAUGACGUCGACGUACCGCAGUGGGAUUAACAUCAAGUUCGGGCGGCCGUUUGAGGGGUUUUUGAGCCAGGUGGCGACGAACACGAGUGAUGGGGCGGAUUGGAAUCACAAUCUUGCCAAGGUCCUCAUCGAUGAGUUCCCGUGUCGCCCGCACUGGACGAAGAACACGAGAGAGAUCUUUGCGAAUGCGACGAAGAACCUGGAUCCUGAUCACAUUGCUCGCUUCAAGGCUGUGAGGGAGCAGUUUGAUCCUAAUGGAGUUUUCAGGAGCGUUGUUGGUGAGGCUAUUGGAGUCUACUAG